AUGGCCUCCUCACUUCCCCCCAACGAGCCUCCAACUCACAUUCGAAUCCUGACACUCAAUUGCUGGGGUCUGAAGUUCAUCGCCAAAUAUCGCCAUGAACGUCUUUUCGAGAUAGGGCGGCAGCUCGCGCUGGCGAACCCGCCGCCAGAGAUAGUGGGCCUUCAGGAGUGCUGGACGCAGCAGGACUAUGAGAGCAUUCGGGACCAGACUCGACAUAUACUUCCCUAUGGCAAAUUUUAUUUCGGAGGGAUCUUUGGUGCCGGUCUGGCCAUUUUAUCAAAAUGGCCCAUCGAGGAGAGCAGCAUGUAUGGAUACCCGCUAAACGGCCGUCCAACGGCUUUCUUCCGCGGCGACUGGUUCGUGGGGAAAGGCGUCGCCUGUGCCAGAGUCCGAUUUGGUCCUGGGGUUGCUGAUGUCGCGGAGGUCUUCUGCACACACCUACAUGCGCCGUAUGAGCGCGAGCCGAACGACUCCUAUCUAUGCCACCGCACUGCUCAGGCAUGGGAGAUCUCCAAGCUGAUGCGUGGUGCUGCUGAGCGUGGGCAUCUAGUUAUUGGCCUGGGAGACUUCAACAUGCUGCCCUCGUCCUUCGCCCACCGGCUGAUCUCCGCCCAGAGCCCUGUCCGCGACGUCUGGCGCGAGCUACACCCGGACUCCUCCGUCGGCGCAGCCAUUGACGCUGUCGAAAAAGCCCGCAAUCGGCCAAUCCCCUCGGCUGAAUUCAAUCUGAUUGAGAAUGGCGCUACUUGUGACGGUGCCUUCAAUACCUGGCGCUGGUCCAAAGCUCACCAGAAACAACUCGACAAGGGUGACGAUGUGGCUGUGGACAAGGAUGCCCCAGAUGCUCGUGCCAAACGUCUGGAUUAUAUCUUUGUCGGCGACGGUGGCUAUGCACCGGAUUUCCCUCCACCACGCUGGUCCGUCGAGUCCGCAAAGGUCAGCAUGACCGAGCGCCAUCCCACUCUCCGCUGCUCCUUGAGCGACCACUUCGCCGUCGAGGCUGUCAUUACUCGCUCCUCUACGGCGGAAGUACCUUCGCCUUCAAACCUGGCCCAGCCAGCUCACGCGCCCAGCGAACCGCCGCUUGAAAGUAUUUCCUCCACCUCCAUCUCACCAAAUACCGCUCUGUCUCCGCAGACGUACGACCACAUCAUCGACAUGAUUCAUACCUACGUGCUUCGCGAGCGGUCACAGCGCCGCUGGCGUCUCGCACACUUCCUUGCGUCUGUGGUGAUCUCCAUCGGAUGCAUGAUUGGCGUGUGGUGGGUCGGCAGCCGCACGUACAUCGGGUUCAUAUUGAUCUUGGUCAGCACACUGAACUUUGGUGCUGGCAUUCUAGAUGGUCUGAUUGGUGGAUUAUUCGUUUCAAGUGAGCUACGUGCCCUAAAGGAGUUUGAGUGGGAAGUUCAGAAUGCGAAAAGCUUGGUUGUUGCUGCAGAGAGGAAGAAGACUGCAUGA